AUGCUGCCUCCCAUGGCCCUCUCCAGCCUGUCCUGGAUGCUGCUUUCCUGCCUGAUGUUCCUGGCUCGGGUCCAAGGUGAAGACUCCCAGAAGGAUGUGCCCGCUCCACGGAUCAGCUGUCCCAAAGGCUCCAAGGCUUAUGCCUCCCACUGCUAUGCCUUGUUUAUGACACCAAAAUCCUGGAUGGAUGCAGAUAUGGCCUGCCAGAAGAGGUCCUCAGGACACCUCGUGUCUGUGCUCAGUGGGUCUGAGGCAAACUUUGUGGCCUCCCUAGUCAAGAACAGUGCGAACACCUACUCAAAUAUCUGGAUUGGGCUCCAUGACCCCACAGAGGGCUGUGAGCCCAAUGCAGGUGGAUGGGAGUGGAGUAGCAAUGAUGUGCUGAAUUACUUUGCCUGGGAGAGAGACCCCUCCACCAUCACAAACCCUGGCUAUUGUGGGAGUCUGUCAAGUAGCACAGGAUAUCUGAGAUGGAAAGAUUACAACUGUUCUGUGAAGCUACCCUAUGUCUGCAAGUUCAAGGACUAAGUCUGGGGAGACAUGAGGAACCUGAGUUUUGCAUGCAACUCA